AAAGUUGCAUAUUUACAACGUCAAUUCUACUCGUAGUACAUGCCACCUCUACAUUAAUACCUAAGAAAGCCUCCUUUCCACACCACACUACAAACCAUUUGAACCGAAUAAAAUACACCACUCUCAAAUACUAUCAACAUGGCCGAUAAAAAGGGCUCGGCGUACGGCACGCCGGCCGACGACACUUCCUUCCGGCGGAGCUACGACCUCGACGAGUACGCGCAGAAAGCCAAGGUACGAGAGGCAGCCGAUAAAGAAGAAGCGAAAGCGCGAUAUGAGGCAAAAAUGGCUGGCAAAAAGUACUACAAGCCUCUGACGGGCGACGAGACGCUCACGCGGGCGCGGCGCGAUAUCAUCGACCUCGAGGCCAACGUGGGCAAGACAACACUAGUCCCGGCGGGUGCAGGCCAGGGGAAAAGGGGCCGCGGCGCCGGGUUCUACUGCAGCGCCUGCGAUCUCACGUUCAAGGACAACAUGCAAUGGGUCGAGCACGUGAACAGCAUGCAGCAUCUACGGAACAUAGGCGAGACGGGCGAGGUCAAGAAGGCGAGCGCGGAAGAAGUACACCAGCGCAUCACGGAGGUAUGGGAGCGGCUGCAAGAGCAGAAGAAGGCGAGCGUGACGACGCUAAAAGAGCGCUUGGAAAUGCGCGAGGAAGAGGCGACUAAGGAGAGGGAGGCGAGGCGGCUUAAGAGGCAGGAGGAGCUGGCGAAGAAGAAGGCGGCUCAAGAUGCGCAGGAGAAGAUUAAGACCGAGUAUGGCGACGAUGUGCGGAUCGAAGGAGAGCACGAUGAGGAUGAUAUGAUGGCUGCGAUGGGGAUUACGGGGUUUGGGACGUCGAAGAAGAAGAAAUAAUAGCCCGGUGUUGGAAUCAUGAGGGGAAGUCUAAGAAUAAUGGUUAUAUUGUGAUAGAAGCGAAGGGAUGGCGUCAAGGGUGCAUCAGGUAUGGUGUUUGGUCUCGAUUCUUACGGCCAUGUGUAUAUUUGGGCUGAUUUUACAAUACCCUAUUUACCUCUGGUAAAAAAAAAUGAAAACCACGGAGUGUAAGGUGCUACUUGGGCUAGGAAAUAGGAUUCAUUAGCAAUCUAUUACAUGGCUACCUAAUAUAUCUGUCUCCACGUUUUUA